GGGAGGGUAGCUGAGCUGACCAAGGAGGGGCUACAUAGCUACAAUCUACCUGCAAACACACUUUCCACCCUCAUUUGUCUGCCGUGUUUAAAGAAGACUAGGAACGCUCCACUUAGUGGGAAUGAAUACACUGGGAUGGCCUGGAAUGGCGCCAACUUACAUAGACCCAGGUGUGUGUGCACGCAGUGACAGGGCGGGGGGUUAGCAGCAGGUAGGAGGGAUGGGGCAUUCCGGAUCGGCAAACCCAUUCGUCCGAAACUACAGGUGUACCUAACGUAGAGACCGGGACCCUUCACACACUCCGAAGAUGAGUCGGAGGGGUGUUUUGGUCUUCCUCAUGAUGCUUGGCAUCCUUUGCCUGCUAUACUUCGUCAGUCCUCCGCACUGGGGAACAGAGUUUCAUCAGACGUAUGAGGAUGCAGGACCGUACUACGUGGCAUACCCCCAAAACUAUCGCUUCAUCCUAGACCACCCACAGAAGUGCAAGCAGCACAACCCCCUUUUGGUGGUGAUUGUGCCAGUGGCUCCUCAGCACACGGAAGCCCGUCAUGCCAUCAGGAAAACAUGGGGGAAUGACAGUCUGGUCCAACAUGGAACAGUGGUGGUCCUGUUUCUGCUGGGAUUACCAAGUGGGAAUAACUCCAAAACUUUACAGCUCCGCAUACAUCAGGAGAAUCUGCAGCAUCAGGACUUGCUGCAGAUCGAUUUCAUAGACUCCUACAGGAACCUGACCAUUAAAACCAUGGUGAUGCUAGAAUGGCUGAAAGAGCGCUGUCCCCAGACACUCUUCGCUGCUAAAGUGGAUGACGACAUCCUGCUGAACAUCAGAGGCCUGAUGAUGAUGCUGCUGAGUCCCAGCGUACCUCUGAGCAACUACAUCACUGGCCUGGUGUGGUACGGCAACGUUGUAAUCAGAGAUCCAUCCAACAAGUUUUACAUCCCUCAUAAUGUGUAUCCCAACUCUGUGUACCCACCGUACCCUUUGGGCAUGUGCUAUAUAAUGUCCAUGGACCUGCCAGAAAAGAUCCUGCAGGUGUCGAAAGAAAUUAAACCUAUUUUCAUUGAGGACGCAUAUAUUGGCUUGUGCCUUGAACGACUCAACAUUGCUCCCACAAACCCUCCAAACCUUGAUCAAUUUGUGGUCAACCCACCUAGGGUGUACAAUCGGUGCUACUAUGCCAAACGCAUUGCUGUAAUGACCAACAGUCCCAAUCAAUUGAUCUCUUAUUGGACUGAUAUUCACCAACCUGGACCAGCGUGUUGAUGCGGAUGGCUGAACACCUGAAAUUAGGACUUCUUGGGCCAUACUCACAAAUGUGAUUAAGGAUCACCGUUCAAGAUAAGUUUAGGAAAUUAGUGUCAUGGUUUCCUCACCGUGGAUCAUGGAGUUGGUCAUACCAUUUCAUCUGUCUUAUUAUCCAUAAGUUGUCCAGGAGGUUGAGUAUUUUUUGAUAGUGUCAUAUUUAUCACAUCAAACAUCUAUUUUCUCCCACAGUCAUGAGAGACCUCGCUCCAGGAUCUAUGUUGGGUGGUUAAACAAACAGGCACACCUCUUGGCUGUACAGAACAUUUCUUGAGCUCUAAAGAGCUUGAUAGAGUACCUCAGCUGUGGCAACAGCUGCUGUACAGCUUCCGCCUUGUCAUUUGGUGCAGCACUCAUGAGGACAAGUCGGUUUUCCCUGAGGUGUGAGUGUGAUCCCAGGAGGGACUAACUAGCAGUGUUUGCUCUGCUAUUCAUGAGGUCUUUGUACAGGUCACCAAGUAUCAUUUCAUUGCUUCAUUGCUUGGACUGGAUGAUUGGUGUGUGGGGACAUCAGAAAAAAUUAAGAAACCUUCCUAAGUUCAUAGUUUUCUUCAGGACCGUUUUCAGCCACCCAGUCAAGGAAGAGGAAUCAAUGGAGCUACAAUAUCCAGGCUAACUACAAAUGAGGACCUCAACACUUUGUGAACAGCACUUAGUUAGUUGCACCUAACCCUGGAGGAUAAGCAGGUCCAGGGGUCACAACAGCCCGAGGCUGUGAACUGCAUUACUGCAACGUUGCUUGUUUCAACCUCAUGGGUGCCAACAGGAUUACCUUAGAGUCGUUACAUAUAAACUCUGGUUUGGGGACAUGAACUAUGCGCAAACACGACUGGAAAUCAUGCAACUGUGACAUAGUAUAUAGUUUAUGUGCAUUAACUAGCAUAAUGGCUCUAUAUUUACUUGUAUUGCAAAACAUGUGUUAAUGUUACCAAGAAUCUUCCAAAAAAAUGCUGCAGACAAUCCCACCAGGCGUAUUCCCCUCUUAGACCCCCAGUUACGGAUGUCUAUGGCAACACUGGGGUUCAGACUCUCAACCUUCUGGUAGGAGGGACGAUUAGUCCAUUGCACCACUCAAUUCCACUCCAUUCCAGCUAAUGAAAAAACUGUGUAAUAAAACAAAUUCUAUACUGUUUAUUUACUUGAGAAACUCGAACUGAGAGUUAGUAGAACCUUUGAGUAAACUGAGUUGGGUGGACUCUGGUGUCCUCAUGUUAAAUCAAGAAAAGCUGUGUAAUCUGUUAUUUUAAUUUAAAGUUGUUUCUUUUUGCAGUCAUUAAUGGAAAAGCACUCCUAAUAACACUAGCUUGGCCUUCGGAAACAGACACUCAAACUGGGGAGUGGCCAUGUCCAUUAAACAGCAGGGGAAAAGUGCCAUCGUUGUAUCUUUUUUGACUGAGGUUGCUACAAGGUCCAGUUUAUCAAAAUUCCCAUAUAAAAAUUAAUGUGUUUUUCUCAAAUGCAUUUUAAAAUGUGUAAAAAUGGCAAAAUAACAUUUUCUUGUUUUUUGUAAUGUCCUUCAGAGUUUGGAAUACAGAAUGAAACAAUGA